GGCAUAGAUAGUGGCUGCGUUUGAUCUGAAGGUCGCCAGCCCCUUGCUGCUGUUGAGAGAUCCUUGGCAUACGAAGCUGGCUCUUAUUUAAUAACAUGAAGGGGAAGCGGACCUUUCUCUCAUAAUUAGGCCUAAUUACCCAGUAGGUGUGGACAGACGGCCCAAGAAGAGACAAACUGCCUUUAUCCAUGGACUUAGAGUCAGAUUACCCCGGAGCUGUCUUAUCUGUUACAGGGCCAGCAGGAGCCUCAAUCCUCCUCUCCUGCCUCUUCCCACUGGCUCCCAUAUCCAGCUCAGGUAUAUUAAUCAAAAGACACACAGGUUUAAUUAGGCCUAGCUAGUUACUGAGAUUUUUCCUGUGGACAUGUUUAAUAAGACAGUUCAUUGACCUAUUGGGUAUUUGUUAUCUAUUGCUCAAUCACUAUAUGAAAGCUCCUUGGGUUCAUUGAAGCAUUUUGGAGACCUAAAUAGAACAAGUUACUCGUCCUUGAGGAUCUAUGACCAGAGGAUCGCAUCGGCUCCAGCUACUUACUGCCGCUUCUCCAGCAAGUAUCCUUACAUUCACUAGCGGCGCCAUUUAAGCUUGACAAGUGACUGGCUUGACUGUUUGCUCAACUGCCUCUCUCUGUUAGCGAGGAACAAUUUAAGGGUCCUCGCAGAUAGAUUCGAGUGACAUCCUGGCACCUUCUUGUUUGUUUACGGUAUCUGUCUCCCCCUUCCUGAGCUGCCUGCAUGUUUGUAUUUGGGUUUGUGGGUGACUCACUUGCAGCCACCACAACAGACCCAUUGUUGUGGGCAACUCAGAUUCACUGGAAAUGCUGACGCCUGGAAAACAGAAGGAACAAUCCAACCGAGGAAGUAGUGGCAGGGGAAAGUGGCCAUUUUACUCCUCUUUUAGAUACUAGUUUGGUUAUAUAGUCCCCCAAGUAACAUAGCCCCCAACUGUUGUCUGUCAUUGACAGUGAGCUGUGAUUGCUAUUGGAAAGUCCUCCAGCCACUGGUCUUGGGACAAUGAAACCAGACAGUUUCAGGCUGCUGUCUGUGACUCACAGCUUCAUGCAGGCCUGCUGCAAGAGGACAAGGGACGCUUAAUCCACCUGUUACCAGAGUGAGCCUCACCUUGUCACACUCUCACAGUCACAGGACUCUGGCUCAGGAAUGCAGUGUUACCCAUCCAUUCACAGCUUAACUGAGAGACCCUCACAAAAACACUGGUGACGUUUUUUGCCAUUUUUUUCAUACCACACAAUAACAAGUUUGGACAGUUGUCGGCUGAAGGGUUUCCUGCUGGUUUAGUUCAGAGAUAUGAGUGAUACCUAAUGGUCAACAUCUUGUACAAACAGCCAUGUGCUUUGAAAUACUCCAAAUAUAUAAUCCAAAUGUCUGUUUCUUGAUCAUUUUACAUAUUUGGAUGGACGUUAGUGCGAUCUUUUCCAUAGUUAGCAUGGAACAAAACGUUCCAAUGCAAGCAAGCAGUGUGUCUUCCUAUAAUGGUAAACUGAUGAGCUGAUGGUAAGACUGUGUUCUUGUGAGUCCAUCAAACUGCGGCGUUAUGGCCUUAAUUAGGCAGGCUGGUCCGGGGUCUCUGUCUCUCCGCUUCACAGAUUCACAUGGACAAUUUAACCACUAACCUCCUGAAAUGAGUUGCUCCUGAAUGCCUCAGGCUCCAGUUUCAGCAUCUACUGAUUGCAGGGAGCAAGGGUUAUGAUAAGUAAAAGUGGAGGGGGUGACUGUGUGUGUGUGUAUGGGUGUGCGCACGUGUGUGCAUGUCUGGUGGCGGUGAGGUUGUGCUCACUAACUCAGAAGGCCUAAAACAUGAAGUUACCCAUAUUGUGCUGUAAUACUUUUUGGGGAAUCUGCUUGUCUGUUCAAUACGAAGCUUUAGUCAGCAGACAGUUAGCUUAGCAUAAACACUGAAAACAGGGCUGUUUCUUGGCGUGGAGCAGAGACUUCCUGGAGUCUGCUAGUUGUUUUUUUGUACAGAUUAAUUAAUAUAUAUAUAUAUAUAUUUUGUUAAUUGGUGAGAUUUACUGGUAGGUUGAUUUUUUGACCCAGCCAGGUUAGCUGUUUCCUUGUGUUUCCAGGCUUUAUGCUAUUUUAAUUUAUGCUAAGCUAAUCGUCUCCUGGCUCCAGCUUCCUGUUAAAGAUUAUCAAUCUCCUCAUCUUACUCAAGAAGGCAAAUUACAGUAUUUGAUUAAAUGUAUUCCUGAAAGGUAAAGCCAGCUUCAACGUAUUAUUGUGCACGUCUUUACUUCUGAAACUUUUAGCAGUGCGAGUUGGCAAACAUGCAAUUGCAAGUAACCAGGUAGAGAAAUUAUUUGUGUGGCGAGGGAGCAAUUUACUGUGAAGUCUCAGGCGUUGAAGCCAGUAAAACCUGCAAGACUGUUCAUGUUAAUUGGUAGGUUCAUUGGUAGGUUCAUUGGUAGGUUAAUUGUUCAUUUGUAUUUAAGUGGGUGCUCGUUUUCAAAAGUCAUUGUCGAGCCAUUGUUUCCCGUAACACUGAGAAAGUGGGGCACGUCAUCUUGUAAUAAACAUUGUCUAAUUAAAAUAAACUGACUAUGCUGCCUGGCAUAGACAGAUUAAAGACACCUGUCAUUCUCAACAUGAUAAGCAGAAUUUAGAGUCACCCACAUGUGAAUGUACUGCAAUUUAAUGUUGACGCAUCAUUUCCUUGCAGCAUACCUGCAGUCGGUUGGGUUUUCUCAGCAGCCCAGCCUACAAACGACAUAAAAGCCUGAGCUGUUGCUUCUGCCUCUGGGACAAUGGCCGUUGAUCACAAGAGGAGUGAGAAGCAUGAAUCUCCGUCUGUUUACUGUAAUUAAGCUGUCAGGGGUUGUGAUUUAUGACGUAUUGAGUAAGAGAGGUGUUAUCAGGUAGACUAGAAGGAGGAAGACGGAGAUAGAGAGAGCCACAGGGUUUGUAGCUCCUAACAAUAGAGCAAAUGCAGACGGUGCAUUAAACACAACUGUCUGCUCUGUGAGAGAGAGAACGGCUUCAAGGCAAAAUGGAGCUAGUCUCUGACGAUCUUUGCUCAGUAAUUGUGCAAAAACAAAAUGAGAUUACUACUUUUCUGAUGCAUGUAGAUUUUAGGCCUACUUUUAACUUUCAUGGUAACCGGAUUUCAAAGUAACAUUUGGUCAUUUCUGCUGAAAAGGCACAGAACCGUUGAACAGUGUCGUUGGAGACAAACUGUCGGGAACUCAAAGUGCAUUUUUCACAGAAAACUCAUCUCUCAGCUCAAUUUUCUUGUUGUCUGUUUCGGUGGGUGUCCUGACACAGGUUCGCGGCCUCCUUGCAGCCAUACAUUGAUUGCAUGACCCAGGGAUGUUUCGUCCUGCUCCGUCCCCCAUCUACACCCUGAGGGGGGCUGGCGGGCCCCUCAACACCCUCCAUUUUAGCUGCCACGGAGGGGACACUCCCCUCCUGUUUUCUGGGUCAGGGAAGGGUGCCAUCCAUAUGUGGAACCUGAACACCAGGAGAGCUGAGAAGAUUGUAGAAGGUCAUUCCGGUAGCUCGGUGAUCUGGGUCAGCACACUGCAGGAGACAGAUACCCUCAUCAGUCAGGGACGGGACAUGCAGGUCUGUCUGUGGGAUCUGAGCGAAGGUCGUAGUGAGGUGAUGGACUCUGUGUGGACCGGCAGUGUUGGGUUCUGCCAGUGCUCCGUGCUGGAGACGAGCCCUGGGACGCGCCUGCUGGCCUUCGCUGGACAACAGACAGAAGAGAUCAAGAUCAUUGAACUACCCAGCAAGACCCCAGUCUGCACCCUGGUACCAGACGCUAAGCUGGGGAUGGUCAUGUGUAUCAAAUUGUGGCAGCCAGACUCGGGUCAGGGACCACUCCUGGUGGCUGGAUACGAGGACGGUUCCCUGUUGCUGUGGGACGUAACCCAGAGGUCCAUGCUGAGCCAAGCCAAAGCCCAUCCUGAGCCCAUCAUGUGCCUGACCUUUGACAUCAAGUGUCUGAGGGGCGUAUCUGGCUCCUCUGAGGACAAACUCUCCUCCUGGAUGCUGGACAAACAGAACAACCUGCAGCUCCAGGACUAUGUGACUCUGGUCAACCCUGGGGUUUCCCAACUGUGUGUCAGGGGGGACGGUAAACUUCUGGCUUCAGCGGGCUGGGACCAUCGGGUGCGGAUAUUCGGGUGGAAGAAGCUGCGGCCACUGGCGGUGCUUCAAUACCACACUGACAUGGUGCUAAGCGUGGCCUUCUCUGACCACCAGGACCCCAGACAAAGACUGCUGGCUGCUGGAUCCAAGGACCAUCGGAUCAGCCUGUGGUCAAUAUACAACGAGGGAGCGGACACUGGCUGAGCACAUGAGCUCUGGAAGGACAUGUGGACUUUUAAUCAAUACUUUCUACUGAUGUUGAUGUGACCCCAAAUGGUGUUAGUAGCCAAUAAUUCAGUAAUAGUCCAGUUCAAUGGUUUGAUAACUGGACAAAUGGACUGUUAAUAUAUUUAGCUACUCGCCUCUCGAUAUUGCCAAGACGUGUGGAAGCAAUGCCUAUAAAUAACAGUGGCUAAUGUAUUGUUUUGUCAUGAAUCAUGUCCUUACAUGGGGCUGGCUUUCACCUUCUGAUCACCUCUCUCACCUGAGCUCUUAAGAGCAAGAAAGAAACAGUUAAACAAACUUCACUUAUGAACUCUAUCAACUCUGUAGGGACACCUCCACUGCCCCGGCAGAGUUGAUUACAUUUCUCUGGUGAAUAAUACAGUAAUGAUGAAAAAGAAACUAACUCGUAAUUAUAGAGGGUGCAGGUUACUGACAUGUCCACCAUUUGUCCACAUCGAUAUGAUUUGAAACUUAUCACGCACAACGAGCACAGUCAGUUUAUUAACCAGCUAAUGUGACUUUAUAAGGUUAACACUGCAUCCUGCUACAGGAUUCAUGAAAAUAGACACUGGUCAAACGCACAGUGUUUAAAAACUGAUUUUAUUUCGUCCUCGUAUGAACUAAAAUGACAUUAGUCAUUUCAUGAGUAGCUUACGUUUACAGGCUCAUCGUACUAUUCUUUCCUCGAUAAAUCCAAAUGCCAUUUAUCAAACAAUGUGUACAGUUAACAUCAUAAAUAUUGAGGUCAAUAUGUGUAACAUAAGAACUGCACAACUUUGUGAACUCCUGGUUUGGUCGAUUUUUUUAUUUUACACAGCGUGUGUCUUGAAUAGGAUUUCCUUUAAUUGUGAAACCAGUUAAAAUAUUCGACAAAUUUCAAAUUGUUGAAUUUGCUGACUUGUUCGGUUUGCUGCAGCCUUUUGUGGCGCUCUGUGCAGCUCUGUUAUUGUGUUGACUUAUCUGAUAGGAGAUUUGCUCCGGUGGACCUGAGUUUGAGGCAUACAACGCACCUGAGCAGCUAUGUAAUCUUGUGUUGUUAUUCUAGCAGGUCUUAGCUUAACACACAGGCCUCUCCAGCCUGACCUGAGCUGUUUGUCAAACAAGGUUAAUCACAGCAGGGGCAUGAAGAACAGAGGUCUGUUGGUUUAGUGGUGGUGCUGAUCAGCAGAUGCUCUCCUUCAUCAGCAUGAGCUGGUUUUCUUUUCCUCAAUUUCCUCUUUGUUAAUCAUAAAGAUUACUGAAGAAAUCAUCAGUGUAGACAUCAAGCUGAGGAAUUUCAAAUAAGUAAAAAAAGACGUGUUUCAACGUCCUCUGUAAGAGGAAUCUGCAGAAUUUCCAUUUUAGAACAAGACAAUUGUUAACAUUUACUUUACAUCUAAUACUGAUGUCUCUGUAAGACACAGACGUUUGUCAUGAACACGGCCAAGUUUCUUGUCGUGAAAGUCCCAGAGAAAAUCGGGAGGUGUUGUUUUUCUGUGCACUGCCUCUAAUAAUACCUCUGUGAGUCAAUGAGCAGCAUGGGAGCGCCUGUGUUGCAACACUGUACCGGGAGGCCCGGGGCUUCAAACGCUCCACGUUCUGCCUCAUGAAGGCUUUGUCUCCUGGGAUGACCCCAAGUUGGGAAGCUCAUCAUGCUGUACAGGAAAGGCCUGAGAAAUCAAAGAGCCAGACGAGCAAAAUGGCCACAAAUCAUGAGUGAACAGAGGAAAGAGAAGGUCAUUUGCUCGACAAGCUGCCUCGCGGUGACAUUACUGUCAUUGAAAAAAAAGUUUUGGUUGAUUUUCUUGCUUGUAUUCGAACCUGUGAGUUGUGUUUUUAACUGAAACUUGUUUAAAACCAUUGUUAUAUAUUUUUUAAAUAAAUAGCUGUGGCUUGCUUCUGUUUCCAAGUGCCUGGUUUUAAUGGCAUGUUUUCCUUGUUCCCUGCAGAGCUCCAGCUAUACCUUUUGUGUCUGACCUCCACUAAUGACAUCUUGCAUUCAUAACAGCUUCCUAACUCUCCUGUUGGCUUUGAACAAACACGAGAGGUGGCGUGGGCCAGCUUCCGUCCAUUCUCUGAUAAAUCAAAUGCUGUGUUCAUUGGUGC